AUUUAGCUCUCAAAUGUUUCUCAAGUCUUGGAAGGAAAUAGUAGGAGGAAGCUUUGGAAUAUUUUGGAUUAUUUUACUCGAUCUCUCAGUCGUUCCACAAAGUAUCCUAGGGACCAACGAAGUCUUCUCUUCAUUGCUUUCAACUUGGCCCAAUAAUACACAAUCCAUUUGGACGGUAUUUCUUACAGGCGUCACAACCAUUGUCGGAGGAUUGACGGGAUCUGGCGUAUGCAUUCCAUUCGCAGAGUCUUCUGUUGGCAUCCGUGAAGGUGGCAGAACAGGUUUUACUGCGGUAGUAACUGGAAUUUGCUUCCUACUCUCUACUAUCGUUAUGAGUUUGUUUCAGUCAAUUCCACUUGGAGCAACAGCUCCUCCUUUGUUUGUGGCUGGUGCACUUAUGCUCAAGGUAGUGUUACUUUUUUUGUUUUCGAGUCAAUAUAUAUCACAAGAAAACUUUCAGGAAGUAGAACAUAUUGAAUGGAGAAACGAGAGACAAGUACUUCCUGCUAUUAUGACGCUAUGCGUGGUUCCUUUUACCAACUCCUUGAUGAGUGGUUUUGUUCUCGGUUUGGCAGUAUUGGUUAUUGAGUUUCUAUUACAGUUGAUUGAAAACCAACGAGUUUUUUACAAUGUUAUUUUCCAGGAAGAAACGCUUUCACAGGAAAGACAAUCUGAAAUAGAAAGCGGUUUAGGAAACUAAAUGUACCCAUUAGAAAUAGAACUAUCUUAGAAAAUUCACAUUGUAUUACUUGGACUGUAUAUUUCUGUAUUCUAUAUACAAAUAGAAAAAUGUUUUAAAUAAAGUUGGAAUCAUUUGG